GCUUCAUAUCUCCUCUUCCAGCCUCUCCACCCCUCUCCACUCCGCAGCCCCCAACCCCAAUCCACCCCCACCGCAUCCAACCCUCACCCACCGUGACCCAGCGCCCGACGGCGGCGGCGGCGGCGCCCGGCCACCGCAUCCAACCCUCACCCACCGUGACCCAGCGCCCGGCGGCGGCGGCGGCGGCGACGCCCCACUUGCUCGGAGACAUGCCGCACCGCUCCGAUCCGAUGUGUAGAAGUCCGCAGAAGCUCUGACAAACUGGGCCUAAGCUGAAGGAUACGAUUGAUCUGUAUGUGACACUUGUACCUGUGUCAUUGUUCUUGUGAUUUGGACUUGGAUGUUGGACCAAUGUUGUCAGGCUUCCGCUGUUCUUAUCCUGUCACUGGAAGGAAGCGUCUGAAGUUGGUGGCUGAGUCAUCGGAUAGUGAACCCCUUGUCUGUCCCGUGUCAGCAUGUGAUGAUUCAGGGGGAAACUUGUUUGACCGGUGCUCGGAGGGUCAUCAAGUGGCUUCCGGUAGUGGUGACCAAAUACAGCACUCUAGUGUGUUUCCUGCAAUUCAGGAAAAUGUCUGUUCCACAGCUAACAACGGUGUGGUUUAUCCACAAUCUGGGCUCGGCGAUUCAGCUGGUCGAAAUGGAACACAUGGUGCAUACCUCCAACAUCAAUAUUUGGAAGGUUGCAUGUAUAUGAACGAGCAUGGGCACAUGUGCGGACCUUACCCACCUGAACAGCUGUAUGAGGGGCUCUCUACUGGUUUCUUGCCUCAAAACCUUGCUAUCUAUGCUGUUUUUGGUGGGAAGACAGCUGAUCCUGUUCCCUUAAGCUUUCUGAAACAGUUUCUUUCACAAUGGAAUUUCGGUGCCACGGUUUCCACUCCAAAUGCACCCAUGGAGACAAAGAAAGUUACUCCUGAUGCUAAAGCGGUUCUUCCAGAUGAUCUUUCAAGUGAAGAAUCAUGCUGGAUGUUUGAGGAUGCGGAAGGCUGCAGACAAGGGCCACAUUCUCUUGCCGAACUUUCCUAUUGGCAUCACAAUAGCUAUAUCCAAGAUCUUUCAAUGAUUUACCAUGUUGAUGGCAAAUUUGGCCCAUUCACACUUGUAUCACUAAUUGGUUUGUGGAGUGGGGAACACACAGAGUGUUCGGAAGCUACAGCUAAUGGUUCUGCACCACUAAAUGGCUUAGUGGGUGACAUAGUUGGUGAUGUCGGCCAUCAGCUGCAUGCAGGGAUAAUGAAAUCAGCCCGCAGGGUUUUAAUUGAUGAAAUAUUCAGCUGUGUGCUUCCAGAUUUAAUUGCUUCCAAGAAGACCGAGAAGCAAUUGGCUGCAAAACUGAAGAACCAAGCUAUUAAGCCUGACAGUGCGAGCAACAGGAAGGUUUCCAAAGUUAACAAACCAUAUGCUUCUCCAGAAAAAGGCAACUCCAUGAAUAAUACAGCCCAAGCAGAUUCUUCAGUGGCCAUUCAAUCUACAGCAGUACAUGACAAAUUUGCCAAUAUACUGUCAGCAGUUUGGCAAACAAUUUAUUAUGAAUCCAUGAAGAAUAUAUGGGACGGAAUACUGUCUGACCCUGUUAUGGACUACUGUGAUGUAUGGUUACAGAGAAAUUGUCAGUUGAAUCGGCCCUCUACGAUUAUUUCUGUCACCACUGAUAACAUAAAAGCCCAAGGCAGUCAUGAAAUGCCAUCAAAGGACUUUGAUGCUACUGAAUGUGACAUGGAAUUUCCACCUGGAUUUGAACCAUGUGGGAAAUCUGCUGGGCGCUUCCUCUCUGCAUCCUCAUUAGAAGCCAAUGGAAGUGCCAAUGUUGAUAGGAAGUAUGAAUCAAGCACCACUUUAUUUUCUGGCCCCUUAGCAGUAAUCCAGAGGAUGCUGGCGAACGAACUAUAUAUCUCUUCAAAGCAAUCUUUGUUUCACUAUUUUGAGGAGGUCAUCGCGGAGGAGAUAACUAAUUGUUUAUGCUAUGGACUUGAAAGCGGUAUUGAUCAGGAACAAAUUGGUACACCAAUUCAUGCACCGGAAUCACCCAUUUCAGCCGAAGCGUCUAUGUGUGAAACACUCAGUCCUGUUGAGAUGGUUGUAGGUGGAGAAUUGGAUACUGUUGAAAUGGGUGCGGCCAGAAAAGGUAGUCCAAUUGAAACGCAUGCAGAUGAAGAGCGGAAUACCAUUGAAGUGGUUGUAGAUGAAGAGCAGAAUACUGUUGAAAUAGCUGCGGCUACUAGGACCAAUCCAAUUGAAACAACUUCAGAUGAACCAUCGAUAGCAGCUGAAAUGGCAACAGAUAAAACGCUCAGUUCUCAUGGAGAAGAGUGCCUACCCCUUGUGUCUUAUGCAAGGAUAUUUGAAAAGAUGGAUAUGUGUAUGACAGCAGAAUUGGAUGAGAGUUUUGAUGAAGUGCCUCCUGGAAUGGAGACUGGCUUAGUUCCUAUACCACUUAAGGACAAAAACAUGUAUCAGCCUUCGAGGUCAAUGAACUAUAUUCCUGUGAUUUCUAGAUAUAUGACCUUGGCUCUCUGCCGGCAAAGACUACACGAGAAUGUUGUGAGAGAGUGGAUGUCUCUCUUCUCAGAUACAAUUUGCAAGUGCUUGGACUCAUGGUACACCAGGAAAAAUGCUGUACCUAAAAUUGCAGAUGGAUCAUCAAAACUCAAAGAAUAUACAUACUACAGGAAGAGGAAAUCCAAGAAAACCUGUCAAGCAACAUCAUCAAAAGAACCUUUGGAAAUUUCUAUGGAUGAGCAGCUUUCAAAACCUCUAUGUCAGCUUGUUGACCAUAAGAUUUCUGUGAAAAAUAUCCAGGAAUCAAAGAAAGCUUCAACAUCAAAGAAAGUUUCAUUUGUGGACAAGCCCUCUAAAAAAAGAACCAAGACUCUGGCUAUGGAUAAUGAUGCUCAUGAUUUGAAUAUCCAGCAAGAUCUGAAACUCGUUUCCUGUGAGGUGCCAAAAAGAACCAGGUCAUCUCAUCCACCUAAGAAGCAAGUGGUUGCUAACGAAACACCUAUGGUGAAUGAUAGUGUCACAAAUACUAGUAUGCUCAUGAAGCCUGUCAAGAAAAGAAAGGGCAAGAAAAUUUCAAGUGAGCCCGGUCAGAAGAUUGAACCGGUGAUUCCAUGGCCUGAAUCAAAUGGUUGUGCUAGAGCUUCGAUUAAUGGAUGGGAGUGGCGUAAUUGGGCACGGAAUGCUACUCCAUCAGAAAGGGCUCGUGUGAGAGGCUAUUGUUCCCGUACAAUUCUUUCUGCCUCAGAUAAUAAGGUGUGGAAAUUUCAAGUCAAGAGGGAUUCAUCUGCAAGAACAAAUCGGGUUAAGCUGCGACGGCUGUUAAAAGCCUACGAAGGUUCUGAGCUGCUGAAAAUUACCCAAAUGAAGGCAAGGAAAAAGCAGUUGCGUUUUCAGAGGAGCAAGAUCCAUGAAUGGGGACUGGUUGCCCUUGAGGUGAUCCAAGCAGAAGACUUUGUUAUCGAAUAUGUUGGUGACCUGAUUCGCAAGCGGGUCUCGGACAUACGUGAGUCUCAAUAUGAGAAGAGUGGGAUUGGAAGCAGCUACCUGUUUCGGUUGGAUGAUGAUUAUGUGGUUGAUGCUACUAAACGUGGUGGCUUAGCAAGGUUCAUAAAUCAUUCCUGUGAACCAAAUUGCUAUACAAAAGUGAUAACUGUUGAUGGCCAGAAGAAGAUUUACAUUUAUGCAAAGAGGCAUAUAUAUGCUGGUGAGGAACUUACGUAUAAUUACAAGUUUCCACUGGAGGAAAAGAAGAUCCCAUGCUAUUGUGGUUCCCGGAGGUGCCGUGGAUCAAUGAAUUAACAAUUAAGUAAGGCCAUCCUUCGAGGCUUUAUAACAGUGUCAAAAUGUGGGGUUGUGGAACAUCUGCACUGCAAGAAGAAACUGCACAUUAUACUUAAGGCAGAUGAGAUUUAUUUCAAGGUAUCCCGAGGAUGGUGUGAGAGGAUGAUACAUGAUCAUGUCACUGCUGCCUUCUGGAGGAGGUGGACAUGAGAAAUUGAGUUGAGGAAGAGCUGAGCUAGUGAAUGGUUGCUUUCUAACAAGGUUAAUACAUUGUUCUUUCACAUACCUGGGUAGAGUUGCAAACUCAUGUACAGGCGCAGACUUUUACUUAGUAUAUUGCCUGAAUUGAAGAUAUAGUUUACAUGGUGGUGGUUAAAUGGUUAAAGUUAAA